AAAAAUAUUAUAGAUCAUGCAUCAUAUAUAGACGUCAGAGUCAGUCAGGGUGGUGAACUUUUUCUCUCAAACAGAGAAGAAGUCGUGUGGGUUUCUGUUAAAACACUUUUGCUGUUUCAAUAAGCAUUUCCAUUUACUUGCAACAUCUCUUUUUCUUUCUCCUCCUGUGACUGACUCUUGUAUUAAUUCAAGAGAAAAAUUAUUCACAUUUAUAAAAAUCAUCAUCAGAUCAGUCUUUUCUUUUGUACAUGCAACAACAUGACAUUGCAGAAACAGUUCAACACUGCUGCUAUAAUCUAUCAUCACCAAGUAUAUCAAGAUAUGAACAACAACAGCAACAACAAGUAUAAUACUCCUGCUGCUGCUACUACUACGGAGAACUGUAACUCAACUUCUUUUGCUCCAUCAAUGGGUUUGUUUGCAGAGAUUAGUUCUUUAUCUAUUAAUCCAAAUGGGUUUUCUUCAAAAGAUAGUAAAUACAUAUGUCCUAUGAAUAAUUUAGAAAUGGUUAGUAAGAAAACUUCUUGUAUGGGAAUUCCUUUUUUAACCAACAGCAACAACAGUUUAGUAGAUCAGCUUCAUCUUAAUCACAAUGAGAAAUGUGCUAGUGGUGGGAAAGGCUCUGAUUUCAGUGAUGGUUUUGAAGGAAAUAAUGGUAUGAAUAUGGAUCAAGAUAACAGUAACAGUAAUUUAAUCAAUGAAGAAAACCCAUAUGACAGUAUUUCAGUAAAUGGUAAAGAAAUAGAUGGUGGGCAAUCAAAGCUCUGUGCCAGAGGACAUUGGAGACCUGCAGAAGACAGCAAACUCAAGGAACUUGUUGCUCUUUAUGGUCCUCAGAAUUGGAACCUAAUUGCAGAGAAGCUGGAGGGAAGAUCAGGGAAGAGUUGUAGAUUGAGAUGGUUCAACCAGUUAGACCCAAAAAUCAACAGAAGAGCAUUCAGUGAAGAAGAAGAAGAAAAACUAAUGUCAGCUCACAGAGUAUAUGGUAACAAAUGGGCAAUGAUUGCUAGACUUUUCCCUGGAAGAACAGAUAAUGCAGUCAAGAAUCACUGGCAUGUUAUAAUGGCAAGAAAAUUUAGAGAACAAUCAAAUGUAUAUAGAAGGAGAAAACUAAGCCAAACUGUUCACAGAAAGUUGGAUGACAAUUCAAGCUUAACCACUGAACAAAGCUGCUUUGAUCUCAACAAUGGAAGCUUCACCAGCUUAUCUCCUUGCCCAUUUUCAACUUCCAUUAAUACUGAAUAUAUGUUUCUUGGUUCUUCAAACAACAACAACAAGAUCUCUCCUGAUCAUCAAAGUGGCUUCUGUGGUGCAGACCAAACAACUUUUGAUCCAUUCACUGGUUCAAGGAACCAAGAUUUGACAAGGUUUUUGAGGCAAAGUUGGGAGAGGCCAAGAGAUGAAUCUUCCUUUUACCAUCAUCCUCACCACCACCACCAACAACAACAAACCUUAACUCAGAUGAUGACAAUGCAACAAUCAAAUCAUAGCCAUCCUUCAAUUUUCUCAAACUCAAUGACAUCAACAUCUCAAGUUUCAGAUAUUGAAGCAUCAGCAUCAAUUGCAGAGAACAGAGGAGGGGUCACCCAUUUUGAGACCACAAUUUCACCCCCAUUUAUAGACUUUCUUGGGGUUGGAGCAACAUGAAGUUAAAAGGAAAGGGCUCAAGAAAUAACCUUAAAAACAGAUUAUUCAAAAAUGGUGGGGAAAAGAAAAAGAAAGCUUAUCUUAGUCUUACAUUGGAGGUAAAAAGGAAAAUAUUAUUGUUCAGUUGGGUAGCAGAGGAAAUCAGAACUAAUCUCUUUUAAUCAUCAUUUGCUCUAUCUUUUCUUGCAACUCACUCACAUAAAAAGAAAGAAGAAGAAUUAAUUUCAACAUCUUUCCAACUGUUUAUUUCUGGUCUUAUUAGUUUCAGAUCCUACUAAUUUCUAGAACAUGAAAAAUGAUCAAGCCAAAGGAAAUAAGUGGAAAAUGGCAAGUCCAGUUAAGGGCCUUCCAAUAUGUAAGUGCGGAAAAUGGCAAGUCCAGUU